AUGGCUUCCGAAAUUAGCAUCGUUAAGUCGAUGCAACAAGAAAGGUUUCCCAAUGAGCUUCGUAAAUUGUCUCAAACUUCUAAUUCCUUCAAACGGGGAACUAGUUUCGAUAACUUGGCUCCCUUCAUAGGAGACGAUAAGGUUAUCCGUGUGGGUGGACGUUUGAACAAGUCUCAGCUUCCAUACAAUCAAAGGCAUCCGAUUCUUUUGCCUCAGAACCAUCAUAUUACAGACUUGAUCAUUCGUCAGACUCACCUUUCCAAUCUUCACGCUGGUAUUUCAACCACUCUCUAUGCUGUUCGCAAUAAAUUUUUUAUCUUGAAUGGAAAAAAUCAAGUUAGAAGAGUCAUUCGACGUUGCGUAGAUUGCAUUCGUCAAAAACCACCGAUAGCUCAUGCGCAAAUGGGAAAUUUGCCGGAGCCUCGAGUUUCAGAAUCUCCUGCUUUUGAUCGAACAGGGGUCGAUUUCUUUGGUCCACUUCUCAUCAAGGAGAAAGCUCAUCGUAACAAGUCCUUCCUCAAGGUGUAUGGCUGUGUUUUCGUAUGCUUAGCAUCAAAGGCCGUUCACAUCGAACUAGCGCUCGAUUUAUCCGCUCAAGGUUUCUUAGAUGCCUUUGAUCGUUUUACAUGUCGUCGAGGUCUCCCUAGUCACAUGUAUUCUGACAACGGUACCAACUUUGUGGGAGCAAAUCGUGAACUUCAAGAACUCUACGAUUUGUUCGAAAGCCCGGAAUUCCGCAAACAAGUUGGAGAAAAUGGGAUUGCGAAACGUGUGGAGUGGCAUUUCAACCCUCCUUUAUCACCACAUUAUGGGGGUCUUUGGGAAGCGGCCGUUAAGAGCUUCAAACAUCAUUUGAAGGGCGUCCUAAAUCAACAGCUCACUUAUGAGCAACUAGAAACCUUUCUGAUAAAAAUUGAAGCGAUCUUAAACUCGCGACCUCUUUGUGUUCUCUCCGCCGAUCCGAAUGAUCCUUUAGCAGUCACUCCAGCUCACCUUUUGAUCGGUAGACCUAUAAAUGUCUUACCCGAAAAAUCUCUUUUAUCAGUUCCAGAUAAUCGUCUUUCCACCUCCAAGUUCAUGAUCAAGGCCCGUCAGAACUUCUGGAACAAAUGGCAUAAGGAGUAUUUACACGAACUUCAGAUUCGGCAAAAAUGGCAAACCUCCAACUCGACACUCCAACCUGGAAUGAUCGUCCUUCUCAUGGACGAUCUCUCACAUUGCGCAAAAUGGCCACUGGGAGUGGUCCUCGAAGUCUUUCCUGGGAGUGACAGCAUCGCUCGGGUUGCGUCUGUGAAGACUUCCUCAGGCGUAUAUAAACGCAAUAUCACUCGACUCUGCGUGUUGCCGGUGGUUCAAGAUGAUCCGCCUCUUUCAAAGUCUCAACAACUUCAGGGGGUAUGA